GGACCCGGGCUGGUCCGGCAGUUGCGCAAGUGGCACUGGGGCAGCUAUAAGAGCGGGCAGGCAGGCAUGGAGCUCCGGAGGAAUCCCCGCGCCAGCAGCUGCAAGGCCCAAGAAGAUCCCAGGAAGGAAAAUGUGCUGGAGACCCCUGUGCUGGUUCCUGUGGCUUUGGUCCUAUCUGUCCUAUGUUCAAGCUGUGCCAAUCCAGAAAGUCCAGGAUGACACCAAAACCCUCAUCAAGACCAUUGUCACCAGGAUCAAUGACAUUUCACACACGCAGUCGGUAUCUGCCAAGCAGAGGGUCACUGGUUUGGACUUCAUUCCUGGGCUCCACCCCAUCCUGACUUUGUCCAAGAUGGACCAGACUCUGGCAGUCUACCAACAGAUCCUCACCAGCCUGCCUUCCCGAAACGUGGUGCAAAUAUCUAACGACCUGGAGAACCUCCGAGACCUUCUCCAUCUGCUGGCCUCCUCCAAGAGCUGCUCUCUGCCUCAGACCAGUGAGUUGCAGACGCGAGAGAGCCUGGAUGGUGUCCUGGAAGCUUCACUCUACUCCACAGAGGUGGUGGCUCUCAGCAGGCUGCAGGGCUCUCUGCAGGACAUUCUCCGACAGCUGGACCUUAGCCCUGAAUGCUGAGGUUUCAGGACCACCAGCCUCCCAAGAAUCAUGUUGAGGGAAGAAGCCUUAGCUUCCAGGUGUCUCCGGGAGAGGAGAGCCAUGAGUGCACAUCUUUCAUCCAGGACUCUGUCCACGUCUCUCACUCCUCUAGGUCACCCUUCCAAAGGCAUGACUCCACAACGCUUGACUAAGGAUAGACACGCCAUUCCAUGAGCACUAGGAGGGCCAGUCUGCGGAGGUGAUUCUCACCCAGUUCUUCAGCAAGUAGAGAUAAGAAGUAUCCUGCCCCCUCCCUGUUCCAGGGGAUAUGGGGAAGGGGUGGGUAGAGCCUUUGGAUUGUCUUAGUGUCUCCUGGGGAGCACCAUGAAGGCUGCAUCCACACACAGCUGGAAACUCCCAAGCAGCGCAUGUUGGAAGCGCUUAUUUAUUUAUUCUGCAUUUUACUUUGGAUGGAUCUGAAGCAAAGCAUUGGCUUUGUCAGGCUUUGAGGUCAGUCAGGGCUAGGGAGGUUCCGGGGGUGCUGUUUUCAACCCCAGUUGAUGGGUCUGCCUGAGGUAAACCUAUUUUGAGUGACUGGGGUUGGGCUCAUCUGAGCAAGAGCCAGCCAAGGUGGCUCUCGAGUCUGUCCUCUGGUGACUGGUUUCAUGCAAACACGUUUGCAGUGGCACUGCCUGGAGCAUAGGCUAGGUUAUUAUUGAAAGAAGAUGAAUUUUGUCAAGUGUAAUAUAUAUCUGUGUGCACCUGGGGGUAGGGGAUGUGUUCAAGGGAGGGAGAAGAACUCAGAAUGUGUAAAUAACAUAUAUGUGGGAGGCUUUUCUAAAAGGGUGAGAUGGUCUCCUCACCUUCUGCCACCACCUAGUGUGGCUUUUAUGAAAAGAACCAUUUGGUCCCCUUGGAGGGGGUUAAAGCCACAGACUAUCUUAUUGGUGCAUUGCUGAGCUCAGGAGUGAGGGUCCCACAGUUGAGACAGUGAUCCCCAAGAAUAGGGUGCCUGGUAUGGCCCUCCAAGUUGUCCACGUUGAUCCCACAAUGGGUUUCUUAACCUGGCAGUAACCCUGGUAGGUGUUUGCAUGUCAGUAUGUGGUUCUCAUCUGAUUGGUUCAUCCAAAGUAAAGCCAUGUUGACCACCCACUCUGUGGGGAGCUUUGUUCCAGUGGGAAUGAGAUCGUUCGACUGAUGGUCCUGUGCCCUGGGCCAGCACUGCUGAGGAAGUGCCAGGGCCCCGGGCCAGGCUGCCAGAAUUGCCCAUCGGGCUGGAGGCCAUGAGGAUGAACGAAGGGGCUUGGGUUUUUCCACUACCCUAUACCCUAAUGUCACCAUCGCACUGUGGGUGGCAGAUCAUAGCAAGAAAACUUGAUCGAAAGCAAUACACUUUAAGACUGAGCGCCCUGAGCGUGCUCAGCCCUGACUGGUGCUGUGGGCUGCAGAAGCUCACCAAAUAAACUCAAAACGCAGGGGCUCGGGUCCCUGCACUAAGACCCUACUCACGGGUGUGCCAAGGUGGACGCUUCACCCCGGCAGCGCCGCACAGCCGAGAGCACAGUGCUGUCUUGAACCGGUGGGAAGCAGCCUGAGCUGAGUGUAACAGUGCCCAGGGAAAUCCUACUUGCACUCUGUAGCAUUUGCAUACUUUUCAGGACACAUUAGCAUCCAUUGCUAUUGCAGCACAUCCUGUUGACACAGGGCAGCGGGGCUCGCUAAAAUAAGAAAAUUCAGGCUGAGGAUCCCUUAUCCAAAAUGCCUGGGACUAGUCAAGUUAUGGAUUUUUUGAGUCUUUUCAGGCCUAGGUAUCGUGGAGUAGAUAUAAUGAGAUAUCUUGGAGGUGGGGCCCAAGGAUAGACAUGAAAUUCAUUUCUAUGUCAUAAUACCGUAACACACAGCUUGAAGGUAAUUUUAUACAGUGUUGUUAAGUGAUGUUGUGUGCACGAAACAAGAUUUCACAGUGUGGAGUUUUCUGCUCGUGGCGUCAUGUCAUCACUCAAAAAACACCGGGUUUUGAAGCAUUUUUGGAUCUUGGGUUUUUUUGUUAAGAGUUAUUUAGACUAUACUUAAAACUAUAAUGGCAAACAGGUGGUGGGACCAGGCUAGGGACUGGUUCCUCAGCCCCAAAGGGUAUUCCUCCAGCCAGGUGACGCGCACAAGGAGGUGAACUGGAUCAGGUUUGGGGUGCCGGGUAGAAGAGGGGAGCUUGGAGUGGAUUUUGGAGGAGGUGAGGCAUGUGAAUUGCCUACUAGACGGAUGCUGAUUUUGGAAGUAGGAUGUGGAGAGGUAGAAGUGUGAAUACGAAGUGAAGGGGAAGACGGACAAGGAAGAAUGGAAUGGAAAGGAAAAUUCUAGAAGGACUUCGUGGCCACAGAAGUGGAUAUUGAAAGAGUCCCAAGUGCCACAGUCCAGGGCAGAGGCUUGUGGUGGCUGGUGUCAGACUGUCCUGGGGUCCACAAUAUGUCACCUUGGUCAACUCAUCAAGCUGAAAUGUCCUGAGCCUUUGGCUCAGAAAAUCUGACACUGUGGCUUAUUCCCUGAUUACAAAACUUCCCAUAUGCAAAAAUGCUUGGUUUUUUUAUUGUUUUUUGUUUUUCAUAUGAUAACAACAAACUUUUGUUUUACUUUGUGUAAACCUAAAUAAAUUAACGAUGCCUCCCUG